UAAAACAGUAAAAAUGGCAUUCGGAAAAGGACGUGGAAACAAACGCACUUCUACAUCGUCCUAUGCAUCGACUAUUACAAUGGUCGUCUUUGUAGCUUUAUGUGUCAUUGGUGUAUGGAUGCUUUCUACCAAUUCCUUUAUUCCGUCACAGAUCACACAAGCUACAACUCGAACGGUCAUCGCAGAGACGGAGAGGAGUGAUGUGUCUGCCUCUUCAAACGGUAACGAAGAACCCGAACCAACAAAACCGGAGUCUGAUGAGCAUCCAACAUUCCAGGACAAUCCAGGAAAGCUUCCAGAUGAUGCCGUAAAGUCUGAAGACGAACAACAAAAGUCAGCAAAAGAGAAGACAAACUCAAAGGCAGGAGAUGAGGGAGAGCGACAGAAUCAAAAACAAGAGACCGAGACACAACAGAACAAUGAGAAAGAGAAUAAGAAGAACGAUGAGGGUCAAGUGAAAGAAGUUGUUAAAGAGUUUGAGAAAGAACAAAAGGAACAACGUGAAGAGGACGCUGGGAGUCAACCAGGUAACAACAAAGGAACACAAGAGCAAGAGAAUGUACAAGGGAAAGACAUGCAGGACGUGAAACAAGGGCAAGAUCAGGAUUCUAAUACUGACGUGACGUAUACAGAUGCGACCAAAGAAGAACUACCUUUGGAGAAUCAAGAAAACGGACAGCAACAACAACAAGAGGGUCAAAACUCAAAGAAUGAAGAAAACGGACAACAACAACAACAACAACAAGAGGAUCAAAACUCAGGGAAGGAGGAGAGCGGACAGCAAAACAUGGAGAACAACAACAUGGUUAAUGAUGAAAACGUGAAGGAGCAGAAGAACAUGAAGGAUGAGAAUGGACAACAAGACGAACAAAGCACAACAAAGGAAGAAAACGUGGAGCAGCAACAAGCAGAGCAAAACGAUGAGAAAAAACAAGAAGGCGCAGGAGCGAGCGGGUUUGGUUCUGGAAUACCAAAAGAAUCUGCAGAAUCACAGAAGUCAUGGAAGAGUCAAGCAACAGAGUCUAAGGACGAGAAACAAAGACAGACAUCUGAAUCAAACAAUGCAGAUAGUAUAAUGACUGGAAAGGCAUGGGAGUUGUGCAAUGCAACUGCAGCUUAUGAUUAUAUACCAUGCCUAGACAACGAAGAAGCUAUAAAGAAACUGACGAGUAGAGGACAUUUUGAGCAUAGAGAGAGGCAUUGUCCAGAAGACCCACCAACGUGUCUUGUCUCCCUCCCAGAAGGGUAUAAGGAGUCCAUCAAGUGGCCUGAAAGCAGAGACAAGAUAUGGUAUCACAAUGUCCCACACACAAAGCUAGCAGAGGUGAAAGGACAUCAGAAUUGGGUGAAGGUCACUGGCGAGUUCUUGACGUUUCCUGGUGGUGGAACACAGUUCAUCCAUGGAGCUCUUCAUUAUAUAGAUUUUCUUCAGCAGUCUGUAAAAAGCAUUGCGUGGGGUAAAAGUACUCGGGUUGUACUGGAUGUUGGAUGUGGAGUGGCGAGCUUUGGUGGUUUCCUCUUUGAAAGAGAUGUUAUAGCAAUGUCUCUUGCACCAAAAGAUGAACAUGAAGCUCAAGUUCAGUUUGCUCUUGAAAGGAAGAUUCCAGCAAUCUCUGCGGUUAUGGGCACUAAGCGAUUACCAUUCCCAAGCAGAGUGUUUGACCUUAUCCACUGCGCUCGUUGUAGAGUCCCAUGGCACAAUGAUGGGGGCAUGCUUCUUCUGGAACUUAACCGGAUGCUUAGGCCAGGAGGUUACUUUGUGUGGUCAGCAACGCCAGUUUACCAGAAGCUUGAAGAAGAUGUCCAAAUCUGGAAAGAAAUGUCCGCACUGACAAAAUCUAUGUGCUGGGAACUUGUGACGAUCAACAAGGAUAAACUCAAUGGUAUUGGUGCUGCCAUCUACCAGAAACCUACUACUAAUGAGUGCUAUGAGAAACGAAAGCACAAGAAGCCUCCUAUGUGUAAAAACAACGAUGAUUCAAAUGCAGCCUGGUAUGUACCGCUACAAGCAUGCAUGCAUAAAGUGCCGACCAAUGUGGUUGAGAGAGGGAGCAAGUGGCCCGUGAGCUGGCCUCGUAGGCUUCAAACACCUCCCUAUUGGCUAAACAGCUCUCAAAUGGGAAUCUAUGGGAAGCCAGCUCCACUAGACUUCACUACAGAUUAUGAACACUGGAAGCACGUUGUUAGCAAAGUAUACAUGAACGAAAUGGGAAUCAGCUGGUCUAAUGUGAGGAAUGUAAUGGAUAUGCGAGCUGUCUAUGGAGGGUUUGCAGCAGCUCUAAAAGACUUGCAAGUGUGGGUCAUGAAUGUUGUAAACAUAAACUCACCAGAUACAUUACCUAUAAUCUACGAGAGAGGCUUGUUUGGAAUAUAUCAUGACUGGUGUGAAUCUUUUAGCACAUACCCACGAAGCUAUGAUCUCUUGCAUGCAGAUCAUCUCUUCUCCAAGUUGAAAGCAAGGUGCAAUCUUGUUCCAGUAAUGGCAGAAGUGGAUAGAAUAGUUAGACCAGGAGGCAAACUUAUUGUUCGUGAUGAAGCCAAUGUGAUAAGAGAAAUAGAGAAUAUGUUGAAGUCACUGCACUGGGAUGUUCAUCUAACCUUCUCUAAACACCAAGAAGGAAUAUUAAGUGCACAAAAAGGAUUCUGGAGACCAGAUACAUCUCAAACUUCCACCUGAGAAAGAUGGUAUUUUUGGAAUCUGCAAACUGAAAUAGCAGAAGCAGCAUUAUAUAUUAUACAUUUAUCAACCAUAUUUAUAACUCUGAACAUUCUUGCUUGUUGCUAGAAUUGGAUAAAGAUUGU